AUGCAAGACAGCGUGUUCAGCCCGGCCAUUCGGCGGGUGCCCAAGUCUGAUGGGGGCCGCGGGCAGCGCAGCCCCAGGUCCUCCACCAAGACGCCAGCUUCCACCCGGGGCCCCAGCCCGUCGCCCUCGGCGUCGCAGGUCCCCAGCGGCGCCUCCUCGCUGCAGGGCGACACCGAAGCCAGCGACGCCGCGGCCGCCCUGGGCCUCGACGACCCCGCGCCGGCGGCCUCCGUCAUCGCGUACAUCCUCCUCCUCGGCGUCGCGCUCACCGCGCUCGCCGUCCCCACGUACGUCCUCUCGCAGCGCUCCGUCCCGGACUCCGUGCUCCCGCUCCCGACCUACGGCACCCGCGCGCACGCCGAGCAGCCCACCAUGGGCGUCGACUUCCUCCCCGGCGCCCUCCACGGCGAGGGGCGCACCCUCGGCGACGAGCGCAACCCGCGCUUCCUGGUGGAGUUCACGGACUUUUUCUGCAACCACUGCCACGAGGCGCACCACGGGUUCGUGGAGCCGCUGCUGCGGCGCGCCGUGCCGCGCGGGCUCCUGCGCGUGGAGUCGCACCCGCUCGCGGUGCUCGACGACGACUCUUUGCGCGCGGCGCACGCGGCGCUGUGUGCGCAGGAGCAGGGCAAGUACUGGGAGGUGCGCCACCUGCUGUUCCAGACGAACGUGACGGCGGAGCAGACGCGCGCGGAGCAGGGCAUCGAGGGCGCGACCAUCUUCACCGGCGCGCUGCUCGCGGAGAUCGCGAAGAGGGCGCGCCUCGACAUGAGCGCCUUCGUGCAGUGCUUCAGGAGCGAGCGGCACGCGCAGGAGAUCCGCGACCUCACGGAGGCGGCGCGGAACCUGGGCAUCGAGGAGACGCCCUCGUUCAUCGUCGGGGACCCGCGCACGGGGUCGUUCUCCGUCGAAAUAGGCAACGUGGGCAUGCACCGGGUGAUGGAGCUGCUCCGCCUGGACGACGGGGACCUCGAGGGGGAGGCGGGCGCGGCGCCGGGUGCGCAGGAGGACUGGGAGGCGCGGGAAGAGGCCCGGCGGAGGCGGUUGCGGGAGCGAGAGGCGAGCAGGGACCGGGAGGCGUACGACGCGCACAGGUCGGUGCACGACCAGUACGAGGGGGUGUAUAGGCGGACGAUGGAGGCGCACCGGAGGUGGAUCGACAAGAGGCUCGGGCGGACGCGGAGCGCGCACGAGGGGGAACUGUGA